CGGAACAGUCGUUUGUCAACACCGCCGUGCCGCUGAGACUCCGGUGUCUGUCUGUGUCUUUGUGUGUGUCCUCACCUUUACUCUCUUUCGCCAGAAUGGCAGCAAACAAAGAGGAAUCCGACCCCGACGAUUUUCUCACCAACGAGGAAGAGCUGGAGAAGGCUUUGUGUGUGCUGGCUGGAAGCGACCCAGAAAACUGCUCCUAUUCCCGGGGCUAUGUGAAGAGACAGGCUGUGUUUGCCUGCAACACCUGCACUCCCAAUGCUGCAGAGCCUGCUGGGAUUUGUCUGGCCUGUGCCAAUAAAUGCCAUGAUGGACACGAUAUCUUUGAGCUGUAUACCAAAAGAAAUUUUCGUUGUGAUUGUGGGAACAGAAAGUUUCAGGAUUUCCAGUGCCAGCUGAAUACUGCCAAAGAUGAAGAAAACGUUAGAAAUCUUUACAAUCACAACUUCAACGGCUGCUACUGCACAUGUGACCGGCCGUACCCAGACACAGAUGAUCAGGACAAUGACGAGAUGAUUCAGUGUGUCGUCUGUGAGGACUGGUUUCAUAGCAGGCACCUGGGCUGCACUAUAGUGGAACCUGAGGAGUUGCAAGAAAUGGUAUGUGAGACCUGCAUGAACAAGGCUCCUUUCUUGUGGAUGUACGCCGCUCACUUUGCAGUGCCACCUGCGAUCAGUGUCCGUCAGGCCGAGGAAGAGGAAGAGGAAGAGGUCGAUGUCGAGGAGGGAGGAGAAAAGAACGAAUCUUCUGAGCCUAGUCAAAGUGGUGAACCAUCCACCAGUGUUGAGCACACAAAGCAGGAGGAAGCGGCAAACCGGAGUUCCCCUUGCAAACGGACUCACGAGCAAAUGACAGGCAGCCCUGGAAAGGCCAUGACCAAAACUGUGGCGUGCAAGCUGAAGGAGCUGCAGGCCCAGGGGCUGGAGAGGCCGAGACAGGGAGCAGUGUUCUGGCCUUACAGUUGGCGCUCCGAGCUCUGCACCUGCACAAGCUGCAAGAGAGCCUACGUAGCUGCUGAGGUGCAGUUUCUCAUGGAUCAGUCUGACACCGUUCUGGCCUAUGAGAACAAAGGCUUGGAUGAGCCGUUUGGGCAGCACCCCCUGAUGGCACUGACGAGCUCGAUGGACCGUGUACAGCAGCUGGAGGUCAUUUACGGUUUCAACGAGCUGACAACUUCGAUCACUGCAUUUUUAGACCAGUGUGUUGCUGAGGGAAAGACGGUCACAGUUGAAGCUGUACAUCAGUUCUUUGAGGAGCUGCGGGCAAGAAAACGACGCAGAACCAAUGCAGGAUACCAGUAAGAAGGAGGCCAUGCUGCUACUAUCCAUCAUAUGCCAGGUUCAUAUGGUGCUUUGAAUGAAUGAACAUGUCAUAUGGAAGAUGACCCUUUUAUCUCUGUUGAAUAAAGGGCUUUUUUGCUGCAACCAAUGUGAUCCUUAAGCUUGAACAAUUAGUGCAAAGAGUACUGAUUUCUAGUGAUUGUUGUAAAAUGCUACUACAAGGGUGAGGAUUGUGAGUUUUGGCAUUCAUUUUCAUGUUCAGUUGUUUUUAUUGAUUAUUAGGAAUGCCUUAACUUUGAAGCUCAUGAUGAAAGUUUGUUACUUGAAACAUUCAUUGAUGUUGAAUGCACAUUGAUGCAUCUUUAUGAACAAAAGAGAUCUUGUUUCAGCCCUAUACUUUAAAAAAAAAAAAGAAAAAAAAAAGAAGUCUAGCUGUGUGGUGGUGAUGAGAAUAUUUUACAUGAACAUGAUGCUGCCAUGUCAUUCCUGUGAACAUGUCCAGUCAUUUGGACUGGGCUACAUACCAGUGUGUUUACAUUGAGGUUUUUCCCUCUCAAGAUGUUUUUCUGGUGGUGACCAGAUAAGACCAAUGUGUUUGUAAAAGUGAAGUAAAAUCACUGUUGUAUGUGAAUUAAUGUUCAUAAUAAAGUUAUUACAUAUUUCUAGCGUGCAAACAACCCAAAUGAGAUCAAAUGAAUUCCAUAAUAUCAAACCAGUUUAUUUUGAGGAUGCACAAGUUGACCACUGUUAUGCACCUUUUGAGGUGACAGUAGAAAAAUAGAUUCAGUGAAACUAAAUGCAACUUAAUAUCAAUCUACAAACAUGUUUUCUAUGAUACCAUACAAGUACAAUGUACCUGUUAGAAUUCAACACAAGCAAUCACACAUUUCAGAUGGUUCAAUUUCCAAAGGUGCUAAAUAACACUAUGUACACAAAACGAGCUACAUGAGAUUUUAAAGAACUAUUUGAUGCAGGCUGGUAAGCUGGUAGAAAAGAGCUUGCAUAGACAUCAAAGUCACUUCUCCAAUAAAAGCCCAGCCGCAGGCGGGGGAAGGCACUGACUUCUCUACAGCAAAGAGCAAAACAAGGACUUUUAUUCAAUGGAACAUUGUCCUGGAAAAUAAAACAACUACCCAACAUGAACAUGGAGGAAUCUGGAGUUUUGCAUUUUUUCCCCAUGAAGCAACCUAGAUGGAAAAAUGAUUUUUCUGCUUG